AUGACUGGUCGAGCUCAGUCACAGUUAUUGCAUGCGUCGGUGGUGGCGAUGCUGACGAUCAGUCGACGCGUGGUUGGACGCACCUUGUCGCGCUGCUGGGCGCCAUUGCCGACUGCCACUCGCGAUGCAAAGUCACACGGCACCCGUCUCUGCAUCAUCGAUAGCAGAUGUGUCUCGACGUUGAGCGGACCUGUCAUUCGCCGAUCUCAGCACAAUCCACAACUCGUCGACCUGACUCGGGCUGGUCCAACGUUCCAUCCGGAAGGUCUGGUGGUCAUUCCCGACGCGAUCUCACAAGAAGAGCACGAUGCGCUCGUGGAAGAUGUGCGAGGACCACUUCGCCGAAUGCGGCUCGAGCUCAACCACUUUGACUCUGUGAUUCGCGGAUACAAAGAAAUUACAUUUUCCAAGUGGGCGCUGCCGGGGUCGCAGACUGUGAUUGCACGAGUGCUCGCGUCCGAUUUAUUUGCGCCAGGCACUCAACUGCACCCAAACCAACAUGUGUUGGAGCUUGCACCCUCUGGUUACAUUGCUCCACACAUUGACAACGUCGAAGCUUGCGGCGAGUAUGUCGCAGGAAUUUCGCUAUUGUCGGCCAGUGUUAUGCGCUUUACAUACAAGGAUGAAGAAGUGCGUAUUCUGCUCGAGCCACGGUCGAUUUAUUGCAUGAGCCAUGCCAUGCGCUACAAAUUUAAACACAGCAUUGUAUGCAACUCUAGUCCACCAGAAAUCUUUGGGUCGAGGUCGAUUGUGCGCGAUCGUCGCAUCUCUGUUUUAUUUCGAGACCAACCCAAGCCAGUUCCACCAGAGAUGAUGAGCGAUGAAACCGAUCCAUAGGCAUGGCAUGGCAUGGCACGGCAGGGCAUUGCGAGCGCUGCUCCUUUGGUGAUAAGGUUUCCUCACAAUUCAAUAAACUCCAAAACGCA